UGAUGUCCUCCUCGAUCAGCCCAAGCAACUGACAGCACUUCAUUGACUUCCUGACGGAUCACUAACUUUGCAGCUCGAGAAGCAACUUAAGGUCGUUUAUUAUCAUAAAUACUCACAUCAGAUGCGCAUAUAUUCGUCAGCCUUAACCUAAUGACCCAGCAAGAGCAGCAUGAGUUCAGUAAAAGAUUGGCAGAAGCCCUGGCCUGGAUGCAGGCCAUCCAGGAGAAACUUAAACAAAAUGAUAACACCCAAGGACCCAGAUCAGCACUGGAGGUCAGGCUCCGAGAGACAGAGAAAAUUCAUAGCUCCAUACCUGAAGGCCAUGUGAAGAUGGACAGGGUGUUGGUGGCUUCUGAAGCUCCGCUUCAAAAUGGAGAUGAAGAGAUGAAGAAAAAGACUCAUUCCAAACUCAAAUAUAUAGAAGCAGUCUGGGAGGAGACAUUAACCUACAUCAGUCAUUGUCACAGUCGUAUAGAGUGGGUGUGGCUGCACUGGAAUGAAUACUUGAAGGCCCAUGAGGAGUUUGGGAUGUGGCUGGAGAAGAUGCACAGGGCUCUGGAGCCCCAGCUUGAGAUGCAGCUGGGUCUCCAAGAGAAGCUGUGGCAGGUGGAUCAUCUGCGGGUCCUUCACUGUGACAUUCAAUCCCAGGCUCAGUUUCUGAAGAGGCUUCUGGAUGAGGCUGCAACCCUCUUCGACCGCACUGAAGACCCUAGUGUAGAUGAGAAGGCUCAGCAGGGUCUUCAAGAUGCUUACAACCAAAUUCAAGAACGAGCACAGGAAAGAUUAUCAUUGGCACAGAAAACAACAGAGGAGCACCAGCAGUACCAAAGUUGCAAUGAUAAGUUUCAAAGCUGGCUGAUGUCUAAAACAGAAGAAGUCAGCAAUUUCAGCGAAGUGGAGGAUACGAUACAAAACAGGCUGAAAGCCCUGCAGGAACUGGACGCUAGUAUAGCCAAAGAAGAACCCACUCUCCAGCACAUUGAAAACUUGUCUGAAGCUGUGAAGGCCAACACGUCUCCAGGAGGUGCGGAGAAGAUCACAAAAGAGAUGGAGGAGUUGAGGCAGGCCUGGCAGAGGUUACGCCAAUUGCUGCUAGAGAUUGAAAAAGAGCUCCAGAGCUUACUGGACUCUGAGAGCGAGUAUUCAAACUGUUGUAAGGAGCUGUGGGUGGACCUGGAGCAGUUUCGUACCUUGGUCCAGAACCUCAGCAGUGAUCUGGAAAGCAGGGAUGGAGAGAGAACUGAGGAACAAAUGGUAGCUCAAUGGAAGACACACAUGAGUGUGCGCAACAAGCUAAUUUCAGAGGAGCCUAGGGUUGAACAGCUGAAAUGCCAGUUGAAAGAGUUAUUCCGAUUCCCACAAGAUUCCAAAAGCCUGUCUGAUGAGAUGCUAGCAGUUGUGAAAGUGUACCAGAGUGUGAAAGGCAGAUCUUUCAGGUUGUCUUCUGAGAGCGAGAUGGCUCUCCGGAAGAUACUGCAGGAUCCUCUGUAUGGCUUCAGCAAGUGGAGUCAGGUGGUUUCUCAGUUCCUGGAGGUCUCCACUGAGGUGACAGAUUUCUCCCAAAUCGCUCUGCUCGUGCAGCAUAUAGAGAAGUUCCUUAAAAACAGUGUGCAGCUCCAGGAGCGCUUGAGUUUGCUCCAGGUGAAGAGCGAUCUGCUCAUCUCAGUUUUUGGCCAAGAGAAAGCUGACGAUCUGUUGAAAGAGCUCAGCGGGAAUGUGAGGAAGAGAGAGUUACUCCACAGCAAUCUCCUAGAGCGCAAGAACCACCUGCAGGGUUUGAUAUCAAAGACAAAGGACUUUUCUGACGCCUAUGACUCCAUACACAAAAAACUGACCUCUGUAAAGGAGAGGUUCAUCAUGACAGAUGGACUUCAACCUGAUAUUCUAACCAAGAAGACCCAGGCCGACCAACUCAGGGUCAUUAGAAAGGACUUGGAAGAUUGUGAAGCUUAUAUCAUAGCUCUCGAGACACUGGUGUCAUCCAGCCCUGCAAACAGGUCAAAGUUUGAGCGUCUCUAUGCCAACUGGAAAUUGCUUUGUAAGGCAGUUCGGAUGAAGGUGAAUGAAAGUGAGGAGAACAUUGCAGAACAUGAGAGAUUCCAUGACAGUAUUCUGAAUAUGGAGAAGUGGUUAAUGUUUAUGAGACAGAAGCUAGAGUCGUUUCGCGGAUCAAAUGGGGAAUGGAGCAUCGAUAACCGCCAGCAUGAGGCUCAGAGGGCACUAGGAGAGUUUCCAGAGAAGGAGCUUCAGCUUCAUCAGACAGAGGCUCAGGGUCAGACCGUGCUGGCCAGAACCUCUGAUGAAGGCAAAGUUCACAUCCAGCAAGACCUUAAACGCCUCCGAGAGACCUGGGUGUCCCUCCACACACUUAGUCUCAAUCUUGACAGGCUUCUGAAUGGACAUGGUGCCACAGGUGACCAAGAUCACCAAUUCCAGAGAACUGAGUUGCUGGACAGACGGGCAGAAGGGCAUCAUCUGGGAAUGGAUUCAGACUUUGAAGUUGGAUUUGCCAAAGGAGAUGCAGGAACAGGCCAGCAUCAGAGAUCAUACCACGGAACAAAAUCAACAGGUCACCUAGAGCUGAAGAGAAACAUGGAAGCAAAACCAGAUCGACCACCAGGAGGUUCAGAGGCCUGGAGAAGAGGAUGUAAUAACCAAGACCAGUCCAUAGAUGAUCAAGUGGAUGCAGUCGUAUCUGGAGGUGCCCGUAAUAUCAACAGGAAGAGGACUGGGAUGGACGAAGGUGUCUUGCUCAGGAGCGGUGGUCAGACUGGGAAAUGGGAACAACACAUACAUAGUUCUGGGAUUGAAGACCUUGAUAUAAAAACUGACUCUGAUGCACAGAAAAGGAUGCAGCAGUCACAGAUCCCGCCUGAUGACACUCAGAUGGGCUCUCAGGGGCCCCAACAUCAGGCUGAUAUGGAGGCCCAGAGGAAGGAGUUUGAAGCGUGGCUUUACAUGGAAAAUGACAAACUCACAGGAAUUCUGAACAACCAAAGAUCCCUGAGCGAAAAAGAACUGAGGAUAAGACAGAAUACAUUCAAGGGUUUAAAUGCCGGUGUAGCCUGGGGUCAGAGUCAGUUCCGGAAGUUGAUGGCCGGUCAGCAGAACACAUCAGAGGAGGAGGACGUGGAGCUAGAAGAGCUGCGUUACCGCUGGAUGUUAUACAAGUCCAAACUUAAAGAGGCUGGUGACCUCAGAGGUCUGCUGAAACACAAGGGUCUCGGUGGGCAAGGACAGGAGUAUGUCCGAGCUGAAAAGGGGAACAGUGGUCUCAGCUUCCUGUAUCGUGUCUGUCGCGUGGCUCUUCCUCUCCAGCUCCUGUUGUUGGCCCUGCUGCUGCUGGCCUUCAUGCUGCCCUUGAUGGAUGAGGGCACCGGCUGUUCAGUAUCCAACAACUUCGCCCGCUCCUUCAGCAUCAUGCUCCGCUACGACGGACCUCCGCCCACUUAAGCAUCAACAGCAGCUUUUUAAAAAAAUAUGACCAUCUGCGCUUGUGUUGCACAUCAGAAAGCAUGUGUGUAUGUAUGUGUAUGUGCGUGUGUGUGAGAGAGAGUGAAAGUGUGGGUGGCAUAGACAUGGGUUCAUUUUCUCUACAGGCGUUUGGAUAAACCAAUGGCACUUUAACAAAGAUCAAAACUCCCAUCUAGUCAUAAAGACAUCUACUCAGGAUCAAUCGCAAGUCGCUCAUGUUUUUAUGUUCGUUCUGUUGUUGCUACAUACUAAAGGGAUGUUCUGGCAUCAUUUACUCACCCUCAUGUUGUUCCAUACAUGAUUGAUUCACUUUAUUCUGUGAAAAAAAACUAUUAUUUUGUUCAUACAAUGAAAGUCAGUGGGGUCCUGUAUUGUUUUUGACUCACUGGCAUUCAUAAUAUGAUUUAAAACAAUACAAAUAUCUUAUUUGAAGACAUGAGGGCGAGUAAAUGAUGACCGCGGUUUAAUUUUUGGCUGUGCUAUUCCUAUAAAUAAUUUUAAUUCUGUAGUUUAUCUUAUGUUUAAAUGCAUUUGUGCAUGUUUGGAUUCAUACCACUUGUUUAAAAUCUUUUGUUUGUUGUUUUUCUCAGGUCACUCAAAAACUAAACUCCGUUUGAUGAUAGGUAUCGAUUCUGAUGUCAAAGAUAAGACUGUCAUCUGAAAGUUUCGAAAUUAAGUUCAGUUUAAAAUUCACAGAAGUGGAAAAGGUCAAAAUCAGCACAAACAUUCCUGUAUUACUUCAUAGCAAAGGUGCUGUGCACAUGCGCUCAUAGAAAAGAGAGUUUUCGUUCAACGUUUUUUGGAAGUUGUGAUUGCAGAAUCACAUGAGCUUUAAGACUCAGUUUUGGCAUUGGUUUGCCUCCGAUUGUAGUUAUAGGGUAUUGUAAGUGUUUUGCAGGCAUAGAUUAUAGAGGAAAUAUAUCCCUGUUUGGGGGGAUUGUCCUUUUUUUAACUGAAUGUUGGAACUCUGUGACCUUCUUGGUCUGUUUUUGAUUUCUCCUCUUUUCUUUUUCUUUUUUGCAAGCAAUGUAUCAGUUGGAAUUUCUAAGGGCCUAAGACCAUCAGGGGUUCAGUUCAGUUAUUCUUUCAGGUCUGCUUCUUUAAGUUCAUGGUUCGAUGAAAGAAAUGACUUGAUUUAUUUUUGUCCAGAACAAUGGCUUCACUCAAAAACAGUCUGUCUUUCAGAGCUGGCAAAAAGUCAAAACCCUCUUUGAACGCAUCCUUGAGCUUUUUGUUUGCAGUGCUACUCAUUUUAUUUAGAGGCAUAUUGCAAGGCUUUACAGAUUUGAGUAGUAUUUCACAUACGCACACUGGACUUAAGUACUUUUAUCCUGUAGCAAAAUCUCCUUUUUAAAAUUUGAUUUGGACCUCUCUGUAUAUUAUCUCCUAUGACACAUGAUGAAUUAUCUCAUGUUAAAUGGCAUGCAUUAAUAAUAGUGCAUGGUCAGAAAGAGACUUCACACAAAGUAUGCUGCAUUUUUUUUAAAGAAACUGUAACGUUGAAGCUUGGCAUAUCAGGUUAUUACACUGCUUUAUUGUUUGUAUGUGAAGGAAAAAGUCACCCAGAAAUGAAUAUUUGCUGAAAAUGUACUGCCCUUCAGGCCAUCCAAGAUGUAGAGGUGUUUGCUUCUUUAUUGGAACAGAUUUGGAGAAAUUUUGCAUUGCGUCACUUGCUCACCACUUGAUCCUCUGCAGUGAAUGGGUGCCGUCAGAAUGAGAGUCCAAACAGCUGAUAAAAACAUCACAAUAAUGUAAUGCACACAACUUCAGUCCAUCAAGUACGUUAUUUCUCUAAUUCUGUUCUGAUGUAGAAACCUAUCUGUAUCUUGUCUGGCCUGAGAGCAGGUACAUUUUCAGCAAAUACAUAUCUUUGAGUGAACUCUUCCUUUAAUCACUUUUUAUGUCAGUGCAAACCCUUUAAUUAUCUGUACUGGUUUCAUCAAUGAUACUGUAAAUGUACAAAACUCAGUUAAGUGGUUCAGCUGUGUUAUAAGAUUGCCAUAUAAGAUAAUUAAAUGUAUUCUGAUAAAGCCAGUUUACAGCACUGUGUGCAUGAGAGAGUUUUCUCAUCGGAGAGCUUUGAUUUGGGAAGACAAUUCUGGGAAUUAUUUUCAAAGACAGCUUAAAAAGAAAUGAAAGCAUUUAGGAAGGGUUGUAAGACAAUGUAUUAACAAAAAAAAGGUUUAAAAAAUAGAUAUAUUUUAUUACCAUAUUUUGGAUGAAACUCUUAUAAUGUAUCUGUAAACCGAUAAAUAUAUAUAUACUGUAUGAUGCAUAUUACCAGUAUUUUUUGUAUUUUACUCCAGGCAAUAAACUUGCAGUGCAUUUUCA